UUUCCGGUCGGUUACAUCACAGCGAAGGACGAACUUGGCGUGAAGCCAGCGCCGGUGAUGGCAGACUUCUCGUCCCGUGGGCCAAACACCAUCACUCCUCAGAUCCUCAAGCCUGACGUUACGGCGCCCGGCGUCGACGUGAUCGCCGCGUACAGCGAGGAAGGUCCGGCAACCGACCUGCCUUUCGAGGACCGCCGUGUCCCCUACAACAUGGUGUCCGGCACCUCCAUGUCAUGUCCCCACGUGGCGGAAGUGGCCGGCCUGAUCAAGGCGAACUACCCUGACUGGAGCCCCGCGAUGAUCAAGUCGGCGAUCAUGACCACCGCAUUCACCGGAGCCAACGACGAGGGCCAAAUCCGGGACGAGACCGGCGCGGCCACCACCCCGUUCAGCUACGGCUCCGGCCACGUGAACCCCGUCCAAGCCCUGGACCCCGGCCUGGUGUACGACACUACGCCGUACGACUACGCAAACUUCCUCUGCUCCAUGAGGCCGACCCAGACGCAGAACCUGCUCCCCUUGUCGAUCCCCUUGCUCCUCCCUCUGCUCGUCGGCGCCAAUGCCAACCCGUUCCAGUGCAGCAUUGGCGCCUACCGCCCCGAGAACCUCAACUACCCAUCCAUCUCCGCGGCUUGCCUCUCCGGCUCCGGCACCACCACGGUGAAGCGCAGGGUGAGGAACGUGGGCGCGGGGCCGUGGCUCCAGUACAAGGUUACCGUCGUGCAGCCGACUGCGGGGGUCAGGAUCACGGUGCAGCCGAGCACGCUGAGCUUCGGUAAAAUCAACGAGGAGAAGGAGUUCACCGUGAAGCUGGAAGUUUACGACACUGCCCCGGCCGCCGGCUACGUGUUCGGCAGCAUUGAGUGGUCGGACGGGAAGCACCGCGUCCGGAGCCCCGUCGUGGCCACCACCAAGUGCGGGUAAGGCAGGGUGAUCAGCUGAGAUUCCUUCAAGCUGGAAUCGGCAAUCAAAAACACCUGUAAUGGCACGCUAAGGUUGACCAUUUGUGUUCGGCUAAACAAAAGAACCGUUGUAAUCUUGUCCCUCCAUGUAUU